ACGUCGUCGCUUUCUUCCUUCCGUGCAAACUCCAUUUUUCUACAAUUUCAGACACGCGCAAUCAAGUACUUGACAAUGAGCCGGGUGCAGCAGUUUGCAACAAAGAUAUCCGAGCUGCUGAAUUCAGAGCACUCAGCGGAAGAAGGGUCGCCCGCAAUCAGACAGUUCUUGGAGCACAAGCUCAAGGCGAGUGCUUCAACUGAGAGCGAGCAGCACGAGCUGCUCAUCGGCAUUGUCGACGCGUGUCUGAGCCCACAGGUGACCACGGCCAAUGCGCGAGUGACGCUAAUGGAGCUGGUGGAGUUGGCGAUGGAUGAAAAAUCCAAGCUGACUGCGGAAACAAAGCAGACAGCGUUCCAGUACAUCCUGAGCAAGAUUCAGCAGCGCUUGUCCGAGUUCGAGGAUGUAAUCUUCAGGACACGCAUCUGCCUGUCGAAGGUCUACGAGAGCGAGGAAGAGUGGACAAAGGCAGCAGCCGAGCUGCAGAGCCUGCCGUUUGACCAGGCACAGCGGUCCUACGACCCCGACUUCCGGUUUACGCAGUACGUGGCCACGAUGCGGCUGUAUCUGGAGGCUGAAGACCCGACCAUGGCUAUGGCUGCGCUGCAGCGGGCUACGCCUCUGCAGACUUUGGUCACGGACAAGCUACAGAUUAUGCUCUUCCGACUGUCCCAGGCGCGCAUCUUCGACUCGGAGCACAAGUACAUCGAGGCGGCCAACCUGUAUCAGACUGUUGCGCAGUCAGACGACCUGGCCUUUGACCAAAAGUCCAUGUGUAUGAGUGCUGCCAUCAACUGUGCGGUUUUGAGUGCUGCCGGGCCACAGCCCGAACUGCCAACAUUCACUGUGCUUGAGAGCAUGCAUCUGAAGCGCCUGAUCAAGCCCAAGGACCUAGAGCACUUUGAGCAGGGCCUACAGCCCCACCAAAAAGCAGUGCUGGGCGACGGCAAGACUACGAUUCUGUCGCGCGCUGUGCGCGAGCACAACAUGUUUGUCCUGUCGUUCGAGAACCUGGGCCGCUCACUGGGCGUUGACGCCGACAAGGCCGAGGAGAUGUGCGCCAGGAUGAUUGCUGAGGGCCGCAUGAAGGGCCGCAUUGACCAGGUCGAUGGCGUCAUCAUGUUUGAGGGCGCGCGCGAGGUCAAGGAGGUGGCAUCGGCCAUCUCAAUCAAGCAGCGCAGCGAGGAGCAGGAGCAGCCGGCGCCCAUGUACUUGCGCGAGAUGGUCGCUGCCAAGUGGGACAAGCGCAUUGUCGGGCUGUGCCAGACGAUGGAGGAGGCAGUUGACCUGCUGAUCGAGAAGCAGCCAACGUGCGCCAGAGCGCUGUUCAGCCAGCUCUAGAACACCCCAUGUAUGAAAAACAAGUUUAAAGUGUAGCAAACAUGUGUUACUUUUCAAAGUCCCUGA